AUGCCUCCCCCCCUCCUCAAACGCACCCUCUACACCGGCACCUUCGUCUCCACCCCCACCCCCACCGGACUCGAAAUCCUGGACAACCACGCCCUCGCCGUCGACGGACACGGCGUCAUCACCCACCGGGCCGCGUUCCCGCCGGGAGGUGCGGCGACGGGCUAUGAUGAUGUGGUGGGUUGGGUCGGGCGGAAUUGGGGCUGGGAUGGGGGGUUUGAGUGGGUGAGGCCGGGCGGGGAGGGGAGGGGGUGGUGGUUCCCGGGGUUUGUCGACACCCACAUUCACGCCUCCCAGUACCCCAACGUCGGAAUCUUUGGCAAGACUACCCUCCUCGACUGGCUCAACACCUACACGUUUCCUAUCGAAUCAUCCCUCUCCUCCCUCACUAAAGCUCGCCGCGUCUACUCUGCCUGCGUAUCUCGAACACUCUCCCACGGCACCACAACGGCCUCCUACUAUGCUACUAAACACGUCGCUUCGACAAACCUACUUGCGGACAUCUGUCUGGAGAAGGGUCAGAGAGCCUUCAUCGGCCGCGUAUGCAUGGACAACGAUCUCAAUCCCGAUUACCUCCGAGACGAGUCACCGGAACAGGCGGUCGAAGAUACAAAAGCAACGAUCGCUCACAUCGACUCUAUCGACCCGACGCACGCUCUCAUCACGCCAAUCAUCACACCUCGAUUCGUACCCUCGUGCUCGUCACCGCUGCUCUCGGGCCUCGGCGCUCUCGCCAAAGAAUCUGCACUCCCGAUCCAAACGCACCUGAGCGAAAAUACGUCCGAGAUCGCGCUGGUCCGCAGACAGUUCCCCGCGCACGACUCGUACUCUCACGUCUACGAUACUCACGGUCUGCUGACGCCAAGGACCGUCUUGGCACAUUGCGUGCAUCUUUCUCUGGAGGAAAGGAUGUUGUUGAAAGAGCGGAAGAGUAAAGUCAGCCAUUGCCCCGUCAGCAAUACGAGCAUAAGCAGCGGGCUGUGCCCUGUGCGGGAGCUGUUGGACGAUGGCAUCGAAGUCGGGUUGGGGACAGAUGUCAGUGGGGGAUACUCUUCCAGCAUCCUGGUGGCGGCCAGGGAGGCGGCGAUGGUCAGUAGGACGUUGGCUGCGCUGACCGUGGAGGACACGCGGUCAGAUGAGAAGGAGGGCCAGUGGGGAGCGGAAGCGUCGAAUGACGUCGCGGCGAAGCACUCGACGAGCGCCAAGGAUAGGAAAAAGCUCAGCGUGGAAGAAUGUCUCUACCUCGCUACAAAGGGCGGCGCCAAGUGCUUGGGGUUGGAAGGGAAGGUGGGAGGGUUCGAGGUGGGCAUGCAGUGGGAUGCGCAGCUUGUCGAACUCGAUGCCGUAGAUGGCGAGGGGGGAGCCGACGAUGGCGGGGACGGGGACGGAGGGCCGGUGGAGCUGUGGGGCAUGGAGACGUGGGGGGAGAAGGUGGCCAAGUGGCUGUUUUGCGGGGACGAUCGGAAUACGAAGAAGGUGUUUCACUCCAUCCUCCUCAACGGAUAUGCAACAAGGAAGCCAGGCCGAGCCUUUGAGGUGAUACGGAAAGAACUUGAGAGGCUGGACGGCGGGUCUCCUGCUUACUCGUACAUCUGCGUCGUCAAUGACCAGGUCGUCUUGAGAUCACCUGCCACAUUCGUCCACCCAACAAACCACUCCUCGCAGAUGGCUCGCCGCCAGCAGACCGAGAAGCCUACUCAGUCCAUUGGGAUUGCUUGGUAUAGAGACAUGCUCCGUGCUCCUGUGCCUCUUCACGAACUCGACAUAGCCCACGCGAACGUCCGAAUUCACGAUCUUCUAUGCCACUCGGAGGGUGCGAUCGUGCUCUGCGAUUUCACAUGCUCCAGACCUUUUGGACAAGACAAGCCAUCGGCGACUGGCAGCCCGGAAAGUCUCGGGGUGAACGGCCCGUCACACACCAUAUUAGACAUCACGGACAGGUUCGCACUAGCAUCGGUCAUGUUCGAGGUCGAGACCGGUGCAAAACCUGACCUCACCCAUGCCAUCUCACCCCAGAACUCCCAGUCGUGA